GUGCCACACUCUGCUGACUCCGCUACAAUUCGUACCAAUCGCAUCAACCUUGAUCGCACCGUGCUGCUGUAGUACUAUUCCAGCCACUGUAGCUGUAGCAUGGCUGUAGUAUGUUUCCACCGUGGUAUGUAGUGUGCGGUUGUGUGCCAUAGCGUGCCAUAGUGUGUGUUCUGUGCAGUUGUCUGUGCGCGUGACAAGUUCACCAGUGCGUGUGCAUGUUGAAACUUGCAAAUGGGAGUUCGAGAAUCCUAGGAACUGCUAUGGUUUGCAUCAUUGCCGUGGUUCACCUAUGACAACAGGUCUAGAACUUGGAAGCAUUAUGCAUGAAUUGGACACAGUAGAGAAGAUAUGCCUCACAAAGCUUCGGGACGCCAUAGUUGCAGAUGUGGAGGUCAAGUUUGUGCUACCCUACAUUGAAAAAGCAGACAUCUUCUCAAAGGAAGAGUGUGAAGAUAUCCUGAAACAGGAUUCUGUCGAAAACAAGGUCAGACGCCUUCUGGAUGUCUUGUGUUGCAAAGGUGAAGCUGGCUAUAAUGUGUUCAUCAAGGCUCUAGAACAUGACAAUGCCUAUGGGUGGAUUGUACAGAAGCUUCGCAUGGAGCAUAAUAACAUCAAGGAAGAGAAUGUUUAUGUGCACAAGGUACUUCAAAAUGGGGGAGUGCCAUUUCGCCUCGUGCACCUGGUGAAACGAAGAAGAGCUGUGAAAGAGAUAAGAGAUGCAUUGCGGUCUCUCUGCUCUAGUAGUCACUGUUGCAAUGGAGCUGUGGUUCUGCAUGGCAUGAUAGGUUGCGGCAAGUCGAUCCUGGCUGCAGAGGCCCUGAGGGACUAUAGCCUGCUAGUCGACUGCUUCCCAGAUGGGGUCUACUGGCUGCCGAUUGGCAAACUGCGUGAGCAAAGUGAUGUGCUGCUGAAGAUGCAUCUUCAGCUCGACCGCUUGAAUCUUGGCUCACACAAGGAUGUCAGCACCAUUGAAAUGGCGACCUGUCGGUUGAAGCGAUGGAGUCUGAACAACAUCAAAGCUUUGCUGGUGCUUGACGAUGUCUGGUCCGCUCGAGUUGUGGAGGCAUUUACUGUGGGCUGUCCUCUGCUGGUGACCACUCGGGACGACUCUGUUGUGAAUGACAUGCACAUGUACAAGAAAUCCAUUCACAUUGAUGAAGGGCUCACUCUCAACGAAACUCGGGAACUUUUUGCCAGCGUCCUGAAAAUACCUGAGCAAGAACUGCCUCCAGCGGUUGAAGAGAUAUGGACGACUCAUCGAGGGUUGCCCCUCUUGAUGGCCAACAUAGCGGCAGUGCUGAUCCCCAAUGCCAAGCGGCCUGACAAGUGGAGGCCAUACAUCGAAGAUGCCCGCGUCAAGGGUCGAGUGAGGCAUGGUUCCGGCAGCACCUACGAUGUACCUUUGGAGCUCAUCAUCAGUAGCCUGGACUCUGAACAGCUCGGAUACUUGCAAAGCUUCGCUCUCUUUCUCGAAGACGUCGACAUCCCAAGCUCAGUGUUUGAGGUGUUGUGGGAUAUGAAUGCUGGCGAUGUCGAGCAUGCCAUGGCUGGCUUGGUGCAGAAGUCACUUGUCCGCAUGGAGCCUGUGCACAAUUCUUACGCCUAUGGGAUACACGACCUCUACCUCAACUUCCUCAAGAGGAAAGCCACCUCCCUGAAGGAUCUCCACCGGCAGUUUGUAGAAAAGCUGCUCAAGCGCUGGGAGCCUUGGACAAUGCCGUGUGGCCGUGGCUACUUCUACUGGUACCUGGGCUACCAUCUGGAUGAAGCCGGAAUGGAUCAGAAGUUUCGGGACAUCUUCCUCAACCUGCGCUUUGUUGAGCGCAAAGUUAAAUGCAACUGUCCUAGUGACCUCGUGACUGACUUGCACCGUUAUGAGCACCACUUCCGCUGUGACCCACAGGUUGCAAAAGAAAGGCUGGACAUGCUGAGGUUCUUGCAGCCCAACGCUCAUUUGCUGUCUGAUAGGGACACAGAUGUCAUCCAGCUUGCCCUGAGUCAACCACGGAGCUCCACAGUACAUCAGAAGGCCUUGGCCCUCGCUAGGGAGCGUGCUGCUGAAGCGGAUCAUCAGACUCCUUACUUCGAGUGGAUGAAUAUGCCAGACAACUGGUCCCAGGCUGAAGUCAGGAUGAAAACUCUGAACGGCGGUGUGAACCAUGCAGAGUUCAGUCCAGAUGACACCAUCAUUGCCUCAGCUGGGAAUGACAGCAUCGUCAGGCUGUGGGAGACGCACUCUGGCAAUGAGCUGCAAGCAUUGGCUGGCCACAAAGAGGCUGUCAACUACUGCACCUUCAGCCCCGAUGGCCGUGUGCUUGCAUCAGCUUCUUCUGACCACCAAGUAUUUCUGUGGAAUGUUGGCGAAAGCUUCCAGGCAACUCCAGCAUCUCCCUUGAGUGCAUCAUCCAAAGCAGGCCGGCUGACUGGGCGCCGGAGCUCUCGCUGCACUAAAUCUGCCUCUGUGACACAUGAUGCUGCUGUUCUUUGCUGUGCGUUUUCACUUGAUGGCAAGCUGCUGGCUUCUGGGGAUGCACUUGGGUUCGUCAAGAUCCACCGUAUCUCCAAAGGUGAGCUUGGGGAAGAGAUCGUGCAGGCGAUCCCAAAACAGGAGAAGGCCAUCCGCAGCUGCUCAUUCACAAGUGACUCUCGUCGCCUUGUGUUGGCCCUGAACUCCCAGUAUGUAGUGAUAUGGAAGGUGCCAUCUGAUACUCACACAGCUCAAACAGAGCCGCUGGAAAGGCCUCAAGUUCUUGACCACCUUGACAGUGCUGUUGUGGAUUGCUGCCUCACGCACGUCCACCGGGGCGCUCUUGGUGCCAGACAGCAAGCUAUAUCAGCCGCUGGGCAGCACAUUUGGACUUGGGACCUGCGUAACCCAUCGGCAGAAAGUGCCAAGCGCUACAACGGCUUCUGGAUGAGCUACAACUUGACAUGCUGCGCAGUCUCGCCCGACAGAACACUGAUUGCAGCUGGGACGUCACUGCAUGCCAUCUUGCUCUGGAAUGCAGACACUGGAGCAACCUUGGGCAGCUUCAAAGGGGAUGCUGAAGAUGUGAAGUCUGUGCGCUUCUCCCACGAUGGCAGCAAGCUGGUGUCCUCCUCAUCAGAUGGCACGGUCGUCAUUUGGGACGUGGACAAUUACCGCAGAUGCUCACGAGUGGCACUCAUGCCAGUACUUGCCGUAGCCUUUGAGGACCAGAGCCCUCUGGUGGCCACUUUCGAUGAAAGUGGUGUGAUACAGAUUUCAUCAGGGCUCGAGACCAAGCAGGAAGUCAAACAUGCCUUUGUUGGCACCGAGAACAGGUGCGAAGAAGUGUCAUGCUGCUGUUUCACUCAUGACAGAAAGGCUGUUGUCUUGGGUACCAAGAAUGGUUGUGUCAGCCUGUUUCAUUUAGACGCAAAGAAGUGUAGUGCUUUGGGCAACCAUAAUGACAGUGUCACAUCACUACAGGCAUGGCCAGAAGGUGUGGCAAUUUCAGCAUCCCUGGAUGCAACAGUGAAGAUCUGGCAUGGAGACGGUUCUCACAGCACGCUCAUUGGCCAUAGUGGUCAAAUCACAGCGCCAUGCCGCCUGUUUGGAGGCGACUUCAAGCUUCUGUCCUCAUCUGACAAGGGCGAGCUCAUGGUGUGGAACCUAAAGCAAUGCAGCCAUCAGUCUGUCCAGAUUAAGGCUCACAAUGGAAAUCCAGUGUUGUGCUGUGAUGUAUCGUCCGACGGAAAGUGGCUCCUCUCUGGAUCUACUGACAAGACCAUUCAGUUGUGGAAUGCUGAAACGAGCGAGCCGCCGAAGGUCCAGACGCUUGACGAAUGCGUUCGUUGUUGCCGGUUUGGUCCAGACCCCCGAAGUGUUACGGUAGCGGCUGGCACUGAUGAAGGAUCUGUCUAUGUCUAUCUCUUGGAAGAGGACUUGCUCCAGAAGAUAGGCCAGCACAAGCUUUGGGUCUACGACCUUGCCUUUUCCCCCGAUGGCCAGCAGCUUGCAUCGCUCUCAGAGUCCAUCUCCUGGUGGUCCCUGGACUCCUUGGAAUUUGCGUCAGCGGUCAGCUCUUUGGACGACAGUAGCAUAGCAUCCUUUGAGUCACUGGCUCAGCCCAGCUGUCACCGUCAGCUGCAGAGAUUCCAGCUGCAAAGUUCUAGGGCCAUGGCCCUGUUUGCAUCACCUGAUUUCAAAACAUUUGUUACUGUCGAUGACUCGGGGAUCCUGUAUGUGCUCAACAAGUUGGCUGCUGCUCAAGCGAGGGAGAGCUGACUAUUUUAUAGUUUUUUGUUUUUUGUUUUUGUUUGCUUCGUUUUUCCUAUAGUUGCAUUGUGAAGUAAGACCCAAGAAAUGGGCAGCUUGGCAUACAGGCAUUACUAUUCUGUUCACUUGUUCGUGCUAAGUGCUUUCAUCUGUUCCCACUUCUUUCACAUUCCAACUUGGUGGAAGCAAUUCUAAAGGUUCCCGAGUUGAAAUUCUCCCAUUGUAAUUAUGGUUAAGUCAUCAUUGACACAUCUGUUAGGUCAAUGCUGCCAGUUGUUGUAUUCACCUAGUUGAAUUACUAUGGGAGUUUGCAAAGCACAUCAGCUCUUGCCCCGAGCAUGUGCACAUUCUGCGUGAUGAUCACAUGUGAUAGAAAGUAAGUGUUGAGCAGUGACUUAUUUAAAAAAAAUAUGUGGCAAGCUGCUCAUUCCCUGAAGCUGAGAGAGAAGCUUGCCAUCUUUGCUGUUCCAAAAACAUAGCCUUGUUUUGCUUGACUGACAUUGCCAUAUUUUAGUAAUUAAUAACAGCACUGCUGACUAACCUCCAAGGUAUUGCUGCUGAAAGUCUAUUCAUGUGGGGAAACAGCAGCUGAUUCAGUCUGUGGAACAAGUGUGAUGUGGCUCAGCUGCAUCGAAUCGUGCCGCGAGAAGCUAGGUGGGUGGUGCGUUUCCACACCUAGCAAUUCAGUGCUAUUGAACUGUGUUGUGCUCUGUCAGUGGCUUGAAUCAGCAAUUUGGUGGGUCGCUGUUUGAAUCACUUUGAAAGGCCACUGAGCAUGGUCCAAUCUACAUGGCUGUGCUUGGACAUGUGUGCUGCGAGCUUCUCCGUGCAAUUGCUCAACGACUUUUCUAUUUGCUAGCGCUAAGUUGUCCAAAGCAGCUGUGCCAUUUUGACAGGGGCAGUAUCUUAAAUGACUGCGAUGGUGCCAAAGGAGCUGCGAAUGAUAGCCGAAACAUUAGUCUCCUAUUUAAUGCUUUUUCUAUUCAAAUUAUGUGGCGCCGUUAACUUUGCCUGAACUUUCUAUAUGAGGGCAUAAGGAGAGGAGCUUAACAGUUUUUUGGCAAUUUUUCUCCUUUUCAAGCUUUCUUUUCUUUUUUUUCUUUUCUCCUCCCCACAUUUUACACACUUUUAUGACUGGCUUCAUCAGAUCUGUUGAAAUGUGCAUGUGUUUAUGAAAACUUCAGAUGCAUCCUUUUUACUUCCUUAUCAUUUUAUUUAUUAAGCUAGUGCGUUUUCAUUUAUUAGAUGGAGUUUUGAACAGAUGUACUUAUCCAAACUGUUCAAACUGGCAGUCAUCCAUGCAUCUUUGCAUGAUAUGGAUUUCCAGCUUCAGGUUUAGCAGCGUGGAGAUAGAAGAGGGGCGUCAGGCCAAUUGCACUAUGCACUGCACGCCUAUCCCAUGAAUUACGGACAUUAUACAGUCUUUGUCAAAAGAAAUGAAGCCACUUUCAACACGAGUGUUGUCAACUUCUCGCUGCAUGAGGUUCUGUGCUCUUGGGCAGUGCCAAUGGAGGAGUACAAGGCUGACUUAAACAGCCUGGGAUUGGCUGCAGUAACCCGCACAGUGACUUCAUUUCUCUGCACAAAUGGCUGUUCAGACCUGUAGGAUCUUAAGGGGAACAGGUUGGCAUGUAGCCAGCAUUACCUGCAGAACUGUCUCGAUAUGAUAACAUAGGUUAUCAGUCAAGUUGCACGAAGCCCACCAGUGGUGACAGGCAAUGCGCACUUGUUGCUGGAGUGAAGCUGUGUGACUAGCAUUCUUUGAUUUCAUUGUAGUUACAACUGGUGUGUGGCACAAAAAAAUAAGUGCGGUCACUGAUAAUCAGAGGACACAAUUAUGUGCUCUCAGCACCAGCCACUUUUCUCAAAUGAAUAGGCUUGUUAAACGAGUCGUAUAUUUCACUAGUGAAUCACUGGUAGUUCCUGUUCCUUUACAUAGUCCUAAUGUUUGUUUAUCGUCAGUUAACGCAUAUCACCCCUGGUUCUCUUUCUGUCAUGCUGCAUGCUUGGGCAGCCUAAAAUAGAGCACUACUGCCUUAUCACCAGUAGCCUUUAUCACCAGUACCAGUAGCCUUCUUACCUGCCAGUACAAAAUUCAGCUGACAAACUGGUGCAAAGCACCAGUGCCACCAGAGGGAGUGGUAUGCAGGCUGCAAAAAUGUUGCAACAGCAAUUUCAUCCUCAGAAACUACAUUAUAUAAAGCAGCAAUGCCACGGGACAUAUUUUAGUCUUGCUCAAGGUGUGUUGCAUGCGUCUGCUCUGUCCGUGGCAUAUCACUUUGCCGCAUCUAAUUUUUUUUUUUUGUAUCUUUCCUAAGUAUAUCCCAACCAUUCUCAUCAAGCCCUAGACUAUGAAAGAACAUCCUCUUGGUUAUGGGAAUGGCAUAUGGUGUUAGCCUGUGUGCCACUAUCAACUGUAUGUUAUUUCAUUAAGUGGGAGACUGGUCUCGGCGCAUUACUACACAACUAGUACAGUCGAAUCUCGAUAAUUUGAACACGCCUAAUUCGAACUUUCUGUUUAUUCAAACUGACUCUGUGGUCCCGUCAAAGGUAUAUCUAUUCCAGUGAGCAAAAACACCUGGUAAUUCAAAUGCGCUAGCAUUUGCAACGGUUAAUUCGAACAUACUGUGCUCCAACAAUAUUUUCAGCAGCGCGCCAAAUCACGCAGCGGCACCUCAGACUAGCAAAUCCGCUAGCUGCCGUAGCACCGCGGCAACACUAGGCCGAGCUACUUCGACGUUUUUUUGCCAAGCUUCUUACUGUUUGGUGCCGUGUUUUUCUUUGAAACAAUUCGCCGCUGUUAGCAAAGACGCCUACUCUGUCUUUGUAAUCCUCACCACUGGUUUUGGAGCGAGGAAGAUAUGGCACGUUGCAUAAUGCCAGUUCUCGAAAGUCAGCUGUGCCCCGCUACAUAAAUAAUAUGCGUUGAAGCAUACCAAAAGUUAGGAGGGCAGUUUUCCUAGGACUCGGUAUCUUUCGUUUAAUUAUACAUGCGUGCACACGCCAUAUCCUAUCGCAGUACAAGCACCGAUAUGCAUAAUAAGUGUACUGGCAUCUUUCGUUUAAUUAUAUAUGCAUAUGCAGCCCUUGGGGCAGUAAAAGGCAUGUUUAUUUUUUCGAACCACCCAAUUUUUCGGACGUCGACUGUAAUUUGUAAAUACAUGCGGAUAAAUCUUCCGGAGCUUCCCAUUCACAUGUUAACUUAGUGCACAUGGGCCACUGCAAGUAAGUCCUCCAUUCAGUUAGCUUCCUUUAAUUCGAACAAAUUUUAGGGUGCCUUUGAGUUUGAAUUAUCUAGGUUUGACUGUAGUUUCAACAAGCACACAUCUGUCUGCCGUGUGUUCUCUUCUUCUUUUCUUUCUUUGCACACAUUUGCCAGCACAAUACCUAUCUUCUAGCACUUAUGUUGCAGCCUGGGUUUAAUCAGAAGUGUGUUAAGAAGCAUGCAACUUGUCUUAAACAUGAUGUACCAGUAUGGUCGGGGACAAGUUCAGCUUGAAGGUGGAAGUGCAACUUGGAUCCAGAUCCUGAUAAGAAUAACCUGCCAGUUUGUAUAUUCAUGUAGCAUAUUCAGGGGAAGUGGUGCGAGGAGCACAUGUUAAUUGUUGUGCAUUGUUUCUUUUUUGCACUGUGCUGGCUGGGGUAAUGUUGGCACUUACAACACUGCAGGAAAAGGAAAGUGCAUGAUAAUGGAAAUUUUCUGCUUAUUCCUCUCUCAAGGAAGGUAGCAUAGUGGUCUCAAAAACCAAGAGUGAGGGUUUGGCAGCACUGAUAUAGUACCAGUGGAUUUGCAGUGAUAGCACUGAACCCUAUUUCUCAGCAAUACUUUUUGAUUGUAUUCAUUAACUAAGACUAUCAUUCAGGCUGAAAGAAUGAUACUCCAUUUUUGAGAAACAAAAUUCGCACUAGCUGAUCAAGAAAAUUCUCCUUUCAAAUUUAUACUAAAAUUCCAAUAAUUUAUUUUGGUAUGAAGAGAGUUGUGCCUUCUGUUCAACAGCCUAUCUCUGCAGCAUGUAACAAGUGUGCAGAUUUUAAGAAAUUUUUUUUUUCUAAACUUAUGUUCAUUUGGGCCCAUAUAAGCACUUGCAGUUAAGUACGCACUGCUGUUGCUUUAUUUUUGGGAUGUAUGUUCCUUGCAUGUUGUAAGCUAAACCACGACUCAGGUCUUUGUAGCCUCUGCUUCACCCCUUCCAGCCCCCCUCCUACCCUAUUUUUUUCACAUAUAUGUUUAUAUUAACUAAACAUUUUUUAUGCAUCAUGUGCUCCUUUCGAUUGAUUUAAUCUUAUACCACCUGCGCUGAGAGGUAACACCUGUCUUGUUAUUGAAAGAGUUUACCAUUAUGCAUCAUAUUCUAUGAUCACAUGUUCCCUGCUGGCUGUGGCCAUGUCUGUCUCCUGUGUUUUUAGAAACAUGUAUCAAAGCAUUUUUUUCUUUCUUGCACUCUGAAGAUUUCGGUGUGCCCAUUUUUAAAUCCAUGAAAUGUGCAGCAUCUGCAAGCAUUGUUAUAAUGCUGUAUAAUAGAGCUUGUACCAUUGUGUGCGCUUCAUAGUCCCGAGCAACCUAACAAAGCUUGACAAUGCGGGCCAGCCAGGUCCUAAUCCACACUUGUUUAUGUAGCUUCCUGUCAGCCGCCUUCUUAUUGUUGUCGAUUGAUUAAUUUUAUUUAUGUUUUACACUGCCUUAAAGAAAGGCUAUGACUAGGCCUUUUGGCCUCACUGGUCUCUUUAGCUUGAAUGUGGCCACAUACAUUUUUGCUAUAUUUGUUUUAUUGAGAAAUUGUGCCAAUUGUGGGCUGUAUGCUUGCACACGUUAGUUCAACUUGGAAAACACAAUAAGCAAAAGUAUACGUGUAUUAGAGAGAUUCACUGAAAUAACUGAGGCGCUUGCCAGUGGGUGUACAAAAACACUCUGAACUGCACUAAAAGUGUCCUUGCAAGACCGUAGUUUGAUACUAAGCCUACUUUCAGAAAAUUGUCUGUAGCUCUUGAACUACUAUGGGAAUUGUAGGCAGUGCAUAGAUUCUUCCAAUUUCGCAUGACUUCGUUAAGAAAGCACAUUGCACAUUCUGUUAGUUCUUUUUGUGGUAAAAUUAUGCCUAAUACUGGCUUUACAACCGUGUAACAGAUGACUUUUCUAAAAUAUAAAACUGUACGUAUUUUAUUACACAUUUUUCAGUGCGUAAUUCUCGACAUGUAUGAGUACUAAAUAUGCAGUAUAUUUUGGCAGUUUGUGCUCAGUGCAGGUACUUACUUUUGGUACUUGAAAUUGUUAUUUUUUAUCUUUAAUGGCUGCAAACAUUCAAAUGGUACAAAUCUGAGACUAAUUACUGCCAUACAAGAAGUUGCAACAGGAAAUCCACUUCAGUAAGGAUGUAGUUUAGACACAUUAUGUAGUCACUGUCAUUUACCAUACUGCAAUACUGCCAGCACACGCAGAUGCUAGUGCAACGUUUCCCUCUUGUACUUGUAUUAGAAAACUAUUGUGCAAGGUUGGCCUUUGAGGUUGGUGCCGUGCAUGCUAUGCAAUCUUGGAGGCCGUGGUACAAGAUUGCUUUAGAGUAGUUCCAAGGCCUCCUGCUCAACACUGGAAAGUGCUCUUAGUAUUCUCGGUUUUCAACAGGGCAUGCAAAUUUCUCCAGGUUUCUCUCUUUGCUUGCCGCUAUUUUCUAUGUGCAUUUUGCACCAUGUAUAAAUUUAGAUCCAUGCUGCUUUCGCAGAUCUCUUGCACAACUGCUGUUUCUAAAUAACUGCCAAGUCCAAAACUGUCUAUGGCCAGUUCUUGCUUUAGUGUUCUCAUAUGUGGUUUCGGACUCCUGUAGCGGAGUAACAACUAUUGUAAUAAUUUUUUCAUUUCUGCCGAACAUUUGUAGGGCAGGUGAUUGUGUUUGUUCAUGAGCAUGAACAGCGCAAGUUGUUUAGCAGCUUACUGCUUGUAAAUGUGCAGUGCAAAUUGAAUUGUGGUUGAUAAUCUUUUGUGUAAUUCAAUGCAUAAUGUAAUAGCAUUGCUUUGAGCUGUGUAAACACUAUACGCUGUUAUGAAACAACCUUUCCGAUGGAAUGCACUGAUGAUAACCAUGCCACUGUAUGUCCUACAUCAGGGACAUUUAAUUUUUUUAUGAUAGUGGUGAUUGAAUCAAAUUUAAAGUGCCUUCCUUUCUUUAUUGCCAACUUAUGCAAAAAUGUAUGGAUUAUGAUUUCUUAGAAGAGCUUGUGAAGCAUUUUCUGCUGUGGCUAAAUAGCGUUUGUGUUUAUGUGUGUGUGUUUUUUAUCAGCAAUGCUUCAAGCCUAUUUUAGAAGCAGCUUGGUGGCUGGCUACUGUGAUUUGUGGAGGAACAGUGACUGUCUGCAUGCAGAUCUUUUUAUUAACUUUUAUUUGAUGGUUGUGCAGCAUGUUUGCUUGAAUUGAACACGAUUCAUAACUAAUUUGGCACUGUUUCUUUUGUAAUUUCUGGUUAUCUUCUUUCACAUUUCUUUUUCAUUUGAGCUGAUCGUGUUUCAAAGAUUUGGUACUCGAGUCUUUUAGAACCAAAGUCACUAGAUGUUACAUGCCAAACACUGCUUGGAUGUCAGUCACCUAAGGCAUUAAAUACUUAUUUUUCUUUCCAGAGAGAUCUCAAAAUUACAAGUAGCAUUACAGAGGUGCCCUACCUGAUGGAUAACCUUGGUGGUUAGGUACUGUGUUCUUAUGCCAAGUUCAUGGAUGUGCCCACCUCACUGUGUUUGAGACUGCUUUCUGACCACAAUAGCAAUAUUUGUAAGCGUGAACGCAUUGUCCUCAAGUGUGGCACAUCACAGAUGUGAAAUGGUCUAUGCUGCCAGUAUUCACUAUGUGCAAUUUUUUAAAGAGGUAGGACACCUUUGUGAUAUCAGAGCUCUGGUUUAUCUUGUAGUACCUUUAUUCCCUUUUGGUUUAUCGGUUAGAUGACUAAUUGAAAUAUUGAGCAGAUGAUUUUCUCCCUUUCUUUUGCUUUUCGUGGCAGCCAGUCAGUCAGCCACAGUGUCACCUUACAGUGCAUGUUUGCUUUCCUCCUUUACAUGCGUGUGGACUAUGCAUUAUUGAACAGUGACUCUAAGCAUAUUGCUCAGAAAUUGACAUUUUUAUACAUAUACAUUAAGCGUGUGCUUUACAAAUUGUAGUGAUGGUUUUAAUAAAAUCGUCUUUUUAUUUA